ACUGCACGAAUCAUUGGCUUUGCAGUUCGACCCCAGCACAACAGAGGGCGCCCGCGUAGUUUAGAUAUCGUCGCGAGUUUGUGUUCAAAACAUUUGAAGAAGAAGAAGGCCCCCUCGGCUGAGGAAAAUGGCCGACGUUGAGAUAGACAUCGCGUCCACAAGAAUGAAUAAUGGCAACGAACACGUGAAGCAGGAUCUGGAGAGCCAAGAAAAAAGUGCCAAUGAGGAAAGCGGAGAGAUGUCGGAGGAAGAAGAGGAGGAAGAGCAGGCAGAGGCUAACGGGGAGAAGACAGAAGAUGGGCCCAAACAUCACAGCAGCAGUGGCGGCAAACACAAGAGGAAAAAACACAAGCAUCGCAGUAAGCACAAAAAGCACAAGCAUGCCUCUGAUGAGGACAAGGACCGCAAACGGAAGCACCGUCACAAACACAGGAAACACAAGCGCAAAGAGGUUGCCUCUCCCUCCGGUGCUGCCCUCUUUGCCCCCUCCGGCCACAAAAAAGUUGAAUCCUCUCCCUCCUCUGGAAAUCCAAGUCUGGACGACAGGGCCUUGCUGGAGGAUUUGGAGAAGCGGAGGGCCAUGAUCAAAGCUGAGCUGGACAGCCAGUUGAUGGAGGGCAAGGUCCAGUCAGGAAUGGGCCUUAUCCUUCAGGGUUAUAACUCUGGAUCUGAAGAGGACGGAGAUGGUAGGAUCAGAAAUGGUGAACCGCGUCAAAGGGGCAGCUCAGGUAAACCCAUAUCUCCCAGAGGGGGAAAAGGAGGGAAAUCUAGACGGGACUCAACAGAGGGCAGUAAGUCCAGCUCCAAGCGUCGCAGUCGGAGUAAGUCAGCGGAGAGGCUCGGACAGACCAAGGAGUCUAAGCCAGACAAGGUGACCAAAACCACCAAGGACACAGCUGUUAAAGACAGAAGCCGUGGCAGAAGCCGGUCGAAAGACAGAAAGCAUUCGGACAGCACCGAUAGGUCCAAGGAGAGAGCCGGGAAGUCCAACUCCCCCACCGCCUGGAGAGGAGAGCAGAAAGGCAGCCGCACUGAUAAACGUUCCUCUCCACAGCGCGAAGACAGACCAAAUCAGGAGAGAGUGGGGCGACGGUCCCGAUCACCUGGACGAGAACGACCAAGUCGCUUAGAUGCUGACCGGGACAAACGACCAGCCAAGUCCCCGUCCAAGGAUGCUUCAUCGGGGAAGGAGAACCGCUCCCCUCAUCGGCGAGGCCUUCACAGCCCCAUGAGGAAACGAAGCGCUUCCCCUCGUCACAGAGAUGCCCACCACCCCCCGGCUAGUGCCUCAGACAGGACCUCAAAGCCGAGCUACUCUCCACCCAAAACCAGGUCUCCCCCCAGGAGACCCCGCAGCCGCUCGCCAGACGUCAGGAGGAGGGAUGUUGACAGGCAGGACUCCCCAAUGAGGAAGCGCAUACGGCCAGAUGCAGGAGGACCAGGCAGAGAUUGGUCACGUGAGAACAGUCCCAGAUCAGCCGCUCGGCGCAGGAUGAGUCGCUCACCUUUAAGACGGCGGUCGCCGUCACCACGGCGACGCUCCCGGUCUUCCCCCCGCAGACGGAGCAGGUCUCCCUUGGGACACAGGUUUGGAGAGAGAGACAGGUAUGGAAGGCUCCGGCAGUACCGACGCUCAAUGUCCCGCGAUCGAGGCAGGAGAAGAAGACGCAGCAGAGAUGAGGACAAGUUCAAGGGAAGCCUUUCAGAGGGCAUGAAAGUUGACAAAGAGUCCUCGGGGGAAGAAGUGUUGGAGGACUUCGACGGAGAGGAGGUUGAUGAAGAAUUUGUCAUUGAACAGCGCCGGCAGCAACGUUUGGCCAUAGUCCAGAAAUACAAGGUCGCGAGCGACGACACCAACAUGGUGUCGGAGCCCAGCAGCCCCCAGAGCAGCACGCGCAGCCGAUCGCCGUCACCCGAUGACAUCCUGGAGCGAGUCGCCGCGGACGUCAAGGAGUAUGAACGAGAGAACCUCGACACCUUCGAGGCCAGCAUCAAAGCCAAGCACAACCUCAUCGCCCAGGAGAAAGACGGAGCCAACCCAAAGAAGCCUUCAGCCCCCGACAUGUUUACAGAGUCGGACGACAUGUUCGCUGCUGACUUUGAUAAUGCCAGGAUGAGAGCGGCAGGUGUCGGGAAGGAUUUCAAGGAGAACCCCAACCUUAGGGACAACUGGACUGAUGCUGAGGGUUACUACCGGGUGAACAUUGGGGAGACACUAGACAAGCGCUAUGAUGUGUAUGGCUACACCGGCCAUGGUGUUUUCAGCAACGUGAUCAGAGCCAGGGACACUGCCAGGGCCGGCCAGGAGGUGGCAGUCAAGAUCAUCCGCAACAAUGAGCUCAUGCAGAAGACCGGAUUAAAAGAGUUAGAGUUUCUCAAGAAGCUGAAUGACGCCGAUCCUGACGACAAGUUCCACUGCCUUCGCCUCUUCAGGCACUUCUACCACAAGCAGCAUCUCUGUCUGGUCUUUGAGCCUCUCAGCAUGAAUCUGCGUGAGGUCUUGAAGAAGUACGGUAAAGACGUUGGGCUCCACAUUAAGGCGGUGCGCUCCUACAGCCAGCAGCUCUUCUUGGCCCUCAAGCUGCUGAAGCGAUGCAACAUACUCCACGCUGACAUCAAGCCAGACAACAUCCUGGUGAACGAGUCAAAGACCAUUUUGAAGCUUUGUGACUUUGGCUCGGCGUCCCACGUCGCCGACAACGACAUCACACCGUACCUGGUCAGCAGGUUCUACAGAGCUCCGGAGAUCAUCAUCGGAAAGCCGUACGACUACGGGAUCGACAUGUGGUCUGUCGGCUGCACUUUACAUGAGCUUUACACUGGCAAAAUCCUGUUCCCCGGAUCCUCCAACAAUCACAUGAUCAAACUAGCGAUGGACCUGAAGGGCAAGAUGCCCAACAAGAUGAUCCGUAAAGGCCUGUUCAAAGACCAGCACUUCGAUCAGAAUUUGAACUUCCUGUACAUUGAAGUAGACAAAGUGACGGAAAGGGAGAAGGUGACGGUGAUGAGCACCAUCAACUCCACCAAAGACCUGCUGACAGACAUGAUAGGAUGCCAGCGACUGCCUGAGGACCAGAGGAAGAAGGUGAUGAUGCUGAAGGACCUGCUGGACAGCACCCUGAUGCUGGACCCGGCCAAACGCAUCAGCAUCAACCAGGCUCUGCAGCACCCCUUUAUCCAGGAGAAGAUCUGACACCCUGAACGCCACACACUCCCAGAGCAGACACAGAACCAACCACUAAACCAGCUCUGACAGGAACUGACUGCAGCGAAGCAGCCGACACACGGACAGGAUUUUUGUUUUUCUUCAACUUCAUUUUGUUUAUGGAUUCAUAAUUGCGUUUUAUUGUAAAUAGAUCAUUGAAAUGGUAGCCAUUCUUUAAGACAUUGAUUUUUGCGAUAUAUCAUUGUAAACUCCCCCACGUAGCCGGCAAUGGAGUUAUGGAACGUAUUUGUUUAACCGCCAUUGGAGUGACAGAUGUUUAAAAUAAAAAUAUAAUUCCUGUAAAUACUGUAUGUCAUUAACGAUUUCACGCAGCAGACAGUCGAGUGUUGUCGUAGUUGCAGAAGACUAAAAACAGUUCAUUUCUCUUUUUUCUUUUUAAAAAAAACAAACAAACAAACCCACAAUUAUCAUUGUGGGGCGAUGCAUGCUUUUGAAUGUGCACCCUUUUGUGCUCUAGAUUUCUGUGGUGCAGAACUCUGUAAAUGCUCUGUAUGUCCAUCAGUGUCCCACAUGUGGCAGCAGCCCCGACCCCCUAAUCAGACCUUGAACUCUGAAUUGAAGGAAUAGAGGCAUAUUAUGUACUCCUUGAACCCCCAUUAUUUUUUGUUUUUCAAAGCAGGUAGUCAUUGUUUUCUGUUGCUGGACAUUUCCAUGUUUUUUACCUUCCUCCCCCUCCAGCACUCUGGCUCGGUCCUGGCUCUUAAGGCUCUUAAGGCUCUCACAUUCAAGUGCCUCCUGUAUGAGCCGAGUGUGUCGCAACACCCCACAAUGUGGGCCUCUGGAAGCCACACCUGUGACCCUCCUCUCCCGUUUGUUGUAUAUAGUCCAUAGUUACUGUCAUUUUUCAUGUGUGAUUCAUUCUAAUUUUUUUUUCCAUUUAAGUGGUCAAAACAAUUUGUGAUUUCAAUAAAGAAUAGUUGUGGAAACGCUGCUGAAAGAGA